AGGAAGCGGCGGCCAUUUUGUUUUCAGCGCUCGAGCGUGAGUGCAGCGGGGAGCGGGCGGAGGGGACGGAGCCCCACGGAGCCAGCCCCGCGCCCCACCCCCGCCCCGCAGCCCCGCCCGGAGUCCUGGCGACCGUCUGCUUCGACGAUCGUGAUCUGAAGAUGGCUGCACAGUCAGCGCCGAAGGUUGUGCUAAAGAGCACCACCAAGAUGUCUCUGAACGAGCGCUUUACUAAUAUGCUGAAGAACAAACAGCCGAUGCCAGUGAAUAUUCGGGCUACCAUGCAGCAGCAGCAGCAACUGGCCAGUGCCAGAAACAGAAGACUGGCCCAGCAGAUGGAGAAUAGACCUUCUGUUCAGGCUGCCUUGAAGCUUAAGCAGAAGAGCUUAAAGCAGCGCCUGGGUAAAAGUAACAUCCAGGCACGAUUAGGCCGGCCAGCAGGACCCCUGGCUCGUGGAGCUGUUGGAGGACGAGGGCUACCUAUGGGUCAGAGAGGUUUACCACGAGGAGCCAUGCGUGGUGGACGUGGCGCGAGGGCGUUGCUGAGAGGAGGCAUUCCCCUCAGAGGUCAGAGUUUACUUCGGGGAGGACGUGGUGUAUCCCCUAGGAUGGGCCUCAGAAGAGGUGGCGUUAGAGGCCGUGGUGGACCUGGGAGAGGUGGUCUAGGCAGAGGAGCCAUGGGUCGUGGAGGAAUUGGUGGCAGAGCACCUGUGUUCCUAGAUGCGGGGGCAAAUGGCAGGUCGUGGCAUGGCCGGCCGGGGAAGAGGGGGCUUCGGUGGUCGUGGCAGAGGCAGAGGACGAGGAAGAGGGUCUGCACGUCCUGCGUUGACCAAGGAACAACUGGACAACCAAUUAGAUGCUUACAUGUCUAAAACAAAAGGACACCUCGAUGCUGAGCUGGAUGCUUACAUGGCUCAGACAGAUCCAGAAACUAAUGACUGAAGGUCCUUCUGAUAGACUCUCAUUGAAGUUAAUGUGUAUGUCAAUGCCCAUAAGCUAAAAAUGGAAAAACCUGAUUCAUGCUGGAAGGACCUGCAGGAACAGGGGCGGCCCUGUUCUACCAAGAGAUCAGAUUUUAGUGUGUUCCUCUUACAUUUUGAUACUAUAUGUUGUAUGAAACCUUUUUUGGAUUGUUUUUUAUAAUUUUUCCUAACUACUCUGAACAUGAAUGUGACAGACGAGCUGCAGAUACAGCCACUGACAUCAGUGCAGGGGUGUGCUCAGCACGCCAGCCUGGCUGCAAUGGCACACUAAGUUCCUUUGUGUUUAUGAAGGGAAAAUGCUGCAUGUAUGCCACAAUCUGUGCUUUUUUAGGUGAAGUGCUCGUUGGUGCUGAACACAAGCUGUGGGAUCACAUGGUUAUACGUGCCUCUUACUCUUCAUGGUUUGUUUCAGGAUAGGAGUUGAUCCCAUAGUGUGGCUAAAGGGUAAAUAUCCACAUUUGCAGUUUUAUUGUUGCAAUAACUCAUUUGAAGUAAACAUACCAAAACAUCUCCCUCCAGGACUGCCUAAUCAAUCAAAUUCAGGUUAAGGAAGAUAGACAUGUCAAUCUUUUAUUUUGUACCAAAAGUUCAUCCCCACUGGUUGCUAGCAUUCUAACGGCAGUACAGAGAGGAUUUUCCAGGUUAAAGGCUGUUUUUCAGAUAAAAUUUGAAUUUGUUUUGUAUCAUGUUUGAAGGGAUGGCACUCUAAUGGCUUCUGUGUACCAAAAUCUAGAAAAAGAACUAGCUUCUGUUUUAAGGAUCUUGAAAUAAGCACAUUAAUGAUGUCUGAAAGAAAAUCAUGGGUAGAAUAGUCUCUCCAAAAUCCUGGGUCCAAAAUUGGUUUUAUCAACAAGUGCUGUUACCUUUCAGUGUAACCAAAACUGAAUUUUCAGUCCAGACCAACUUUGGUGGCUUCUGUGGUGCAUUUAACCUAGGUUGGCUUUAGAAGUUGAGAAGGGGUUUGCUUUCCUCCCUACCCCCCCCCCCCCCGAAGAUUUAAGUUUAACCAUCCUGUGAACUGUUCCAGUUUCAAUGGAAUCUUGUAUUUCUCGUUCGUUGUGACAAAGGAGAAACGAUUAUAAAAACAAUAUGUGGACUUUGUGGAUUUUUUUUAAAUGCAGUAAGUUGUAAGAAUGGUAUUCUCAAGCAUUAAUUGUUGAUCGUAAACUCUGUGGGAUGACUUUUCUAGUGGGUAUGAGAAGACAGUGAACGAUCAUCCUCUCCUGAAUGGAACGUCACAACUACGGUUAAAACAGCUUCCUCUCCACUGGCUGGCAGUCCAUUAUAGCUGGAAUUUCAUCUAAAUCCCCAGUUCUCAUGGUGUAGAUUGGAGGGUGGGGGACUGCCUGGUCCUCCCUGCCUCCAAACCUUUGUUAUGCAUGCUGUUGCUUAUCUAGGGCUCCCAGCUAAUUUGUACAGGGCAUCCUUGAUGUUUGACUUAAGAGACAAACGGCACUUGCAAUGUUUCUGAGUUGACACCCUGAUUCAACUUACGACAAUUGGUUUUGACUGUACAAUGCUCAGUCCGGCAAUGGAGUGGAUUGCGGUUACAAUGUUUCAACUCACCACACAAUUUUCAGGAGCCAAUUGUGGGUAAGUCCCAGGACUUCCUAUAUACAAGUUCAAAGAAGGAAACUGACAUUUCUGCUCAACUUUCCUUGAUUAUCUCUGUGUGUCUGGCUGUGAUAAUUACUAUAGUACGCAAGGGCAUUCAGACUGCCAACUACCUUUUCACACGCAUUAAUGCUGUGAUGUAACUUAGCGUUUGCACUUUCAACAAGGAUCUGCUUUUCUAGUGGGGCCAGUAGAUUUCAGUACUGCUAUAGGAUGUUUCUUCCCUAACCUCCAGUUAUCUUUCUCUUGAAAAUACUGUCCCCAUAACUCCUGCUGCCAGUGCUUUUAGGUUGCCAGUUGAAGAUAUAUCAUUUUUAAACAAGUAUCUUAAUUGUUCAUUAAAGGGACACGAGGUGCUAACGCAGCCCCCAACACUUAUGUUGUGUUAAUUUUCCUCCUUUUGGGUGGCAGAGACUGCAGGAGAGGGUUAGGUGCAGACAUCACAGCAUGCUGCUGCUUCAGGAAUGGGCAUAUGAAACCUGAAAGAUUAAAGUGACUGGGUUAUGAGAAGGGGGACGCUAUAAAUAAGACCUCAAACUCUUUAGUGUUGUCUAUUUACUGUGCUGCGUCCAGGCUUACUGUUUGAACAGAAAAAUGUUUGCCGUGUUCCCUUAAA